GGGCCAGGCGUCGGUACUGUCAUGCGAACUGAGACGAAUUCGUGAGCAGACUCCACUUCAACGAAGCGUUUGGUAUCUGAUUGUCACGUUCUUCAAUCUCAUCUUCACCGUGCUGCUUCGAGGGCUGACCACGAAAAAUCAACGUCACGAAGUCGAGUCAGUGACGAGUGACCGAAGUCGGUACACGCUUUCGCACCGAUUUCAACUUCGUGAAAACUCACGAACGUGUUCGUUUCUCGUCUCAUUACAUGGGCUGAUAUGUCUGUGCUUCCUUGCGUUCAGCCUUGUCGACCUUGCCGUUGCCGAUGUUGGCAAAAACGACGACAUCUACAUGCUCCUAUUCAGAAGGGAGCUCUCAUACGUGAUUUCACCGCUAUUUACUAUUCUGUUCGCGUUGAAUUUCCUAUGCCGUCUCGACAUUGUCUACGACAAAGCAAAGAAGUUCGUUCGGGCAAUUUACGGCUACGAUGAAGAGAAAAAUCUUCUGGCGUGA